UUCCUCCUCGGGCCUGGUGCAGGUGCCUGGUGAGGAAGCAGAGGUGGGAGUUUCCCACACCUCCCCAGAGGUCAGUGGGCCCUGUCCCAAGCUUCCUAACUCAGGCCUUCAGUUUCCUGCAGAGGAGAAAUAAGGCAGGGAGCAGGCCUGGUCCCAGCUCUGGCUUUCUGCCUCUGCCCGUGCUCGUGGCCUCUCCCAGCCUGGUGCUAAGCAGUGUCAUGAGUCUGGACCAGGUGGGAGAUUAACUCGGGUGUGGGGGCACUUCAGGGCUGAGAAGGGGGAGGAAUGACAGGUUUGAGGUCACCAACAGAGGGGGGCAGCUGCCAUCCUUGACAGACCCCCUCCUCCUGGGAGUCUGUGACAGAGGUGGUCGGGACCCGAGGCUGGAAAAAGCCAAGCAGAGGGCCUGGGCUUGCCGGCCUGGGCCCAGUCCCAGCCCCAAGAUCCCUUGGCUCCUCCCCCAGGCCCUCCCCCACUCCACCCCACAUACACUUAAUACUUCGGACGUCCAGUCCCCACACUGCAGACUUUGGCCUUAGCUGUAGCUAGUGUGGGAGCCUGGAAGACUGGGAGCAAAGUCUCAAACGGAGCAAAAGAAGUUUCAGGCCUUGUGGAAGCUGCCAGCUUUCCCUAGAGGAGCUGCCACCUGCAGGUCACUUGGGCUCCAGGCAUGUGGCUGCCUCUGCUGCUGGGAACCUUGCUCUGGGUGGCGCUGUGGCUGCUCAGGGACCAGCAGAGCCUGCCCGCCAGCGAUGCCUUCGUCUUCAUCACGGGUUGUGACUCAGGCUUCGGGCGGCUUCUGGCACUGAGACUGGACCAGAGAGGCUUCCGAGUCCUGGCCAGCUGCCUGACCCCCUCAGGGGCAGAGGACCUCCAGCGGGUGGCCUCCUCCCGCCUCCACACCACUCUGCUGGAUGUCACUGAUCCCCAGAGUGUCCAGCGGGCAGCCAAGUGGGUGGAGACACAUGUUGGGGAAGCAGGGCUUUUUGGUCUGGUGAAUAAUGCUGGUGUGGCUGGUAUCAUCGGACCCACACCGUGGCUGACACGGGAUGAUUUCCACCGGGUGCUGAAUGUGAACACACUGGGUCCCAUCGGGGUCACACUUGCCCUGCUGCCCCUGCUGCAGCAGGCCCGGGGCCGGGUGAUCAAUGUCACUAGUGUCCUGGGUCGCCUAGCAGCCAAUGGUGGGGGCUACUGUGUCUCCAAGUUUGGCCUGGAGGCUUUCUCGGACAGCCUGAGGCGGGACGUGGCUCCUUUUGGGGUCCGAGUCUCCAUCGUGGAGCCUGGUUUCUUCCAAACCCCUGUGACAAACCUGAAGAGUCUGGAGAACGCCCUGCAGGCCUGCUGGGCACGGCUCCCUCCAGCCACACAGGCCCACUAUGGGGAGGCCUUCCUCACCAAGUACCUGAAGGUGCAGCAGCGCAUCAUGAACCUGCUCUGUGACCCGGACCUGACCAAGGUGAGCAAGUGCCUGGAGCAUGCCCUGACUGCUCGUCACCCCAGGACCCGCUACAGCCCAGGCUGGGACGCCAAGCUGCUCUGGCUGCCAGCUUCCUACCUGCCAGCCAGCCUGGUGGAUGCCAUGCUCACCUGGGUCCUUCCCAAGCCUGCCCAUGCCAUCUACUGAGUCCUGCCCUCCAGCAAGACAUUUUUCUUCCAGGGCAGACUCUGAUUUAUGUCUGUCCCCACCCUGGUACUGCCUGGUGCCUGGCACAAAAUGGGCAUUCAAUAAAUGUAAAUUGUUUUAAAAAACACCAUAGGUGGGCAGAAAUGAAAGUGCUCAGUGGGAAACUGACCCCAUUUAAGUGCUAACUACUGUCUGCUCACUUACUGCCCAAGGUCUGUGGCCUGUUUAGUGCCUGCAAAACAACUAGCACCCACUGGGGGUUGCAGGGGGACUGUCGCAUCUGUAGAUGAUCUUUGAAGCUGCACCUGGAGGAAUGGCCACCAGAAGGCACUGUUGGACUUUCCUUUUCUACGUGGAAUAAGGUCACAAUUCAGUGUCUGGAGUGGAAAUGGCCAUUAUCUGUUUUUCUUGAGGGUGCAAGGGAAGUGGUGAAAAGUGGUAAGGGCCAGGCUGGGUGGUUUCCAUGGAAGAAAGGCCGUAUCCACUAAAUUCUCCUAUCAAACUCAAGAAGGAUGGACACUGGCCACACAGGUCACCACCCUGAAAGGAGCCAGGCCCCCUUGGUGGGGGAGGGAGUUUCUAGGCCCUUAAAGUGGGCAAAGGACCAGGGAGAAGAUGUCCAUGGUAGACGUGGGCAGGCCUCUCCCAGGUAGGACCUUCGUGGGGAAUCCCUUUGACUUAUGCAGGAGAGAGCUUCAUGAACGCUUCAGCACUGAGCCUGGCAGCACACAACUAGAAGACAGGGAGGGCAGUGGGCCACGGCCUCCUCCAGGUCGCUGCUUCCACUACACUCCUUUCCCAAUACCCCCCAAAACAGGCCUGCCUUUCCCAGAGGCGCAAUUAGAACAAGGUCCCAGAGGACAGGAACGUGGAUGAGGAGAGAGAAGGGAGGAAGUAUCACUCUUUAAGACAAAGUGAGACUCUCUCUCUUUUUGGUCUGGAAAAAUAAUCCGUUUAAUUGAAAAACCUGGAGUACACUGCCCCAUUCUCCUAGAUGAGGGGGCUGAAGAGACCAGACCCCCUACAUCACCUCAUAGCCACUUCGGAUACUCUUCACAAGGCAGCAGGCAAA